CAAAUUGCAAGAGGUCUCAACUCUCAACCCAAGUUGUGGUGCAUAUCCCAUUUUCCACACUCCAUUUCCCCAGAUUUUCACGGUACACAAACAGCCAUAAUUCUCAACAACUCGUUAUAUAUAUAAUUUCUGGGUUCAAUCGUUUCUUGUUGUUUGUAGUUUUGGUUUUAAUCUUUGAAGGAAGCAAAAAAGAAGGGAAAAAAAAAGUUUGCAUUAAUGCUAGCUGUGUCACCUUUGAGGAACAACACAAGCAAAGAUGAUGACGAAGGAGAGAUGGAGAGUACUUUCACAAUCAGCUCCGACGAGUUCCCGGAUUUCGCUGACGGGAACUUACUUGAAAGUAUCGAUUUCGACGAUCUUUUUCUCAGCAUCGAUGUUGAUGGCGACGUGUUACCUGAUUUGGAGAUGGACCCCGAAAUUUUGGCUGAAUUGCCCCCCGCCGGCGAGGAAUCGGAGAUGAAUGCGUCGGGAGAAAAAACGGAGGAAAGUGAUAAUCAGAGGAAAGAUGAAGAAGAAAAUAAGGUUUCGACGAGUAAAGGCGACGAGGAAAGCGUCAGUAAAAGAGAGGAGCCUAAAGCAGUUAAAACAGGCUCUAAAGAUGGUGAUAAGGGAAGAAAAUCGUCAAUAAAAGGAAAGAGUAACAACAACAAUCAAGGCACUCGAAAAUUGAAGGUGGAUUGGACGCCGGAGCUUCACCGGAGAUUUGUACAAGCGGUGGAGCAGCUAGGGGUUGACAAGGCGGUGCCGUCGAGAAUUUUAGAGCUUAUGGGAAUUGAUUGUCUCACUCGCCAUAACAUCGCCAGCCAUCUUCAAAAAUAUAGAUCUCAUAGGAAGCAUUUACUAGCUCGUGAAGCGGAGGCGGCAAGUUGGAUACACAGACGGCAAAUAUACGGCGGCGCUACGCCGGUUGGUGGAGGAGGGAAGCGAGAUGUGAACCAUUGGCUUCCACCCACAAUGGGUUUCCCGCCAUCAGCUUCACCCAUGCACCACCAGAACCACCUUUUUAGGCCAUUGCAUGUAUGGGGUCAUCCCACUAUGGAUCAGUCUUUAAUGCACUUAUGGCCAAAACACUUAGCACCCCCUCCGCCACCACCACGGCCAGCUUGGGGACCUCCACCACCGGCAGACCCUAGCUUUUGGCACCAUCAGCACCACCGUGUACCAAAUGGACAAACCCCGGGAACACCGUGCUUUCCACCCCCAUUGACGGCGGCACCAACGAGAUUUGGUGCAGUACCGGUGCCGGGCAUUCCUCCCCACCAUGCAAUGUACAAAGCUGACACCGGCAUCGGUGUCCCGGCCAGCCAAUUACGUCGCCACCCUCUAGUCGACUUACAUCCGUCGAAAGAGAGCAUCGAUGCCGCUAUCGGAGACGUUUUAUCGAAACCGUGGCUGCCGCUUCCUAUCGGGCUGAAACCGCCAUCAACGGAUGGCGUUUUGGUGGAGCUACAACGUCAAGGAGUCCCAAAGAUACCACCUUCUUGUGCUUGAACCGCUUCCGGCCCACAGCGGCGAAAACUGUUAAAUCCGACGACAUAUCUCGACGUUAAAUUCAUGUAGAAAUCUAAUCCUUCAAAAGGGUUUUUUUUUUUUUUUCCGGCUAGAGUUGCAGAGCAACUUGGUUGUUGUUUUUGUUCCCGUGCGAGGACAGGUUUAUUAAUUAAGGUUGCCUAAUCGAUCCAAUGUCUUGUAAUGAAAAACCAGUUUUUUUGGUAAUGGUUUUAAUGAAUUGAGAUAAUUUAUUUGGAUUUA